GUCUUUCCCAGGGGCUUUUCUAAUUAUUUUAUUUUGUUUUUCCCAAAUCCAGGCUGGCAAGUAUUAUUUUCAAGAUGUCCAGCAAAGGGAGCAGCACAGAUGGCAGAACAGAUUUAGCUAAUGGAAGCCUGUCGAGCAGUCCAGAGGAGAUGUCUGGAGCUGAAGAGGGCAGGGAAACAUCCUCAGGUAUUGAAGCAGAGGCCUCAGACCUGAGUUUGAGCUUGACUGGGGAUGAUGGUGGCCCCAACCGCACCAGCACAGAAAGUCAUGGCACAGACACAGAGAGCUCAGGUGACAGCAUGGAGGACACUGGCCAUUAUUCCAUCAAUGAUGAAAACCGACUUCAUGACCACUCAGAGGAAGAGGAGGAGGAACAGCCGCGGCACCGUGUACAGCGCAAACGGGCCAGCUGUGACCAGGACUCAUCAGAUGAUGAGCGAGCCCUAGAAGACUGGGUAUCUUCAGAGACAACAGCUUUGCCCCGACCUCGCUGGCAAGCCCUUCCUGCACUGCGGGAGCGGGAGCUGGGUUCAAGUGCCCGCUUUGUGUAUGAGGCUUGUGGGGCAAGAGUCUUUGUACAGCGUUUCCGCCUGCAACAUGGGCUUGAGGGCCAUACCGGUUGUGUCAAUACCUUGCACUUUAACCAGCGUGGCACCUGGCUGGCCAGUGGCAGUGAUGACCUGAAGGUGGUGGUAUGGGAUUGGGUGCGGCGGCAGCCAGUACUGGACUUCGAGAGUGGCCACAAAAGUAAUGUCUUCCAGGCCAAGUUCCUUCCUAACAGUGGUGACUCCACCCUGGCUAUGUGUGCCCGGGAUGGGCAGGUCCGAGUUGCAGAACUGUCUGCUACACAGUGUUGCAAGAACACAAAGCGUGUGGCCCAGCACAAGGGAGCAUCCCACAAGUUGGCCCUAGAACCAGACUCUCCCUGUACGUUCCUGUCAGCUGGUGAAGAUGCUGUUGUUUUCACCAUUGACCUGAGACAAGACCGGCCAGCUUCGAAACUAGUGGUGACAAAGGAGAAGGAGAAGAAAGUGGGGCUGUACACAAUCUACGUGAACCCUGCCAAUACGCACCAGUUUGCAGUGGGUGGACGAGAUCAGUUUGUAAGGAUCUAUGACCAGAGGAAGAUUGAUGAGAACGAGAACAAUGGAGUACUGAAAAAAUUCUGUCCUCAUCACUUGGUGAACAGUGAGUCCAAAGCAAACAUCACCUGUCUUGUGUACAGCCACGACGGCACAGAGCUUCUGGCCAGUUACAAUGAUGAAGACAUUUACCUUUUCAACUCUUCUCACAGCGAUGGGGCCCAGUAUAUUAAGAGAUAUAAAGGUCACAGAAAUAAUGCGACAGUAAAAGGCGUCAAUUUCUAUGGCCCCAAGAGUGAGUUUGUGGUGAGCGGUAGUGACUGUGGGCACAUCUUCCUCUGGGAGAAGUCAUCCUGCCAGAUCAUUCAGUUCAUGGAGGGGGACAAGGGAGGUGUGGUAAACUGUCUUGAGCCCCAUCCACACCUACCUGUUUUGGCAACCAGUGGCCUAGACCAUGAUGUGAAGAUCUGGGCACCCACAGCUGAAGCUUCCACUGAGCUGACAGGGUUAAAGGAUGUGAUUAAGAAGAACAAGCGAGAAAGGGAUGAAGACAGCUUGCAUCACACUGACCUGUUUGAUAGUCACAUGCUUUGGUUCCUUAUGCAUCACCUGAGACAGAGACGCCAUCACCGGCGCUGGCGAGAACCUGGGGUUGGGGCCACAGAUGCUGACUCUGAUGAGUCUCCCAGCUCCUCAGACACAUCCGACGAGGAGGAGGGCCCUGACCGGGUGCAGUGCAUGCCUUCCUGAGACCCCAAACUUAGGAGGGAUGGGCUGGGGCUGCCAACCCGACCCUGCCUGGGCUGCUUUCUCGGUCCCAGGCCCUUACAUUCAACAGAAAUGCACUUUGGACGUUUUGUUUAAAUAAAAGAAAGAUAUCUGAGGAGGACAGACCACAGGAGACCGAACCAGCAGAGAGCCCCUAGAAGUGAGAGAUGAGGU